CAAACCCAGGCAGAAGAACUGCCGGACCACAAUGAAUCCGGUCCCCUUGGAAGUACAAAUCAAACCGAAGUGGAUACUCGAUCCCCUCAAUGUCUCGGUUCGGAGCCAACGACAGCUGUGGAACAGUCCAAAACUCCCGGUUCAACAACACAUAGCAUGUACACAGACUCAAUCGCAUCUCGAACCAGAAUACACUCUUUCAGCUCACCAAUGGAUGAGAAACCGAUGCGUUCUUCACAACAACAACAGCAGGCAGUCGCGUUGGAGAAAUCCAAAACCUUGCCUGCACAUGAGGUGUUCCAACAUCCCAGUCAAAUUGAAUCAGCAACAAUCCAAAUCAGAGCGGCUGAAAUGACUUUGAGUAGUCAAUGUUCCACUUGCGCCAUGGCUGAUUCACUCAUGACUCGCAGCGGGUCCAUCGCCGAGGCCAAACAAGGGGAGGCGCAUCCAGUUCCUGUCCCCGAGAUGUCAAUGGUCCCUGCAAUGCCACCAAUCAGUACGGGGUUGGAACUGGUUGGUGCGGACCCCGGGCACAUUGCGGCGACACGGAGAAAAAGUUCCACGACUAGACAGUCAUCCAGAACAGACGAAACUGAUCUGUCAGGGGCAAAGAUCCAGUCGACAGUCAUUGCAAUGGCGGACACACAACCUCGAGGAACUCAGACAGAUAAUGCUGGCCUGAAUGCCUUUGUGGGCGAAAUCGGAACAGAACUUCAACCCCAAAGACAUCACGAAUUUCGUGAACGUUUCAACAAAAUUUCACAUCCCGUACAACACUCGUUCAAUACGGAGCAUCCCGUAAUGGAUCCGAACUGUCACGUUCCAGUGAAAAAGACUGGUGUCAAAUACCAAACAAGUGAAGAACCAAUCGGAUCAAACUUCGCCAGAAUAGCCGAAUGGGUUAAAUCUGUCUCAAUAGAGACGUGUGGUAUUUCCGUGCCUGUGGCUGAGAGGGACGAUCCCAACAAUCGAUACCUCAAACCCUCGCUGACCAUGCCAUUUGUAGACGCUUCUUGUGGUGUACCGCAGCCGGCCAAAUUAAAAACCAUGGUUGUCUCUCCCAUCAAUCCUUGUUGUCACACAAUGGAGGUCUAUUCGGGGUCAGAGAAACCGUUCUGUCCGGAAUGCCUCCCAACACCACAAAGGUUACAUGGUAUUCCCACACACACGUGUCACAUUCCCCAACCUCCGACGCUGAUCACCCAGCACAUUACCGCCAGGGACAUCCCACCAUGCCCUCAUGCGCAUUGCGAACAUCCGUUAAACACACCGCAAGCAGAGCACAGUAGACCACGUCGGGGUCGUUCAGUACCCCCGGCUUCCUUGAAAAAUUCACACGUGUCUACAACACAUGCAGAACCCCAGCCUCAUCCAAUUUCUCCCAGCCCCCAGUGGGCCUACAAACAAAUUGCGCCCUCAGUUUCAACUGGCCCUAUUUGUGUCGAACGUAACAGCAGUGGUCUGGAGUCUAGUGCGAGUAUAAAACCACCCGCUUUUGACGACCAAAUCUCUCCGUUACGUCGACCGGACGGUUCGUCCAAUCCCCAAUUGCAUCAUGAAAUUCACAAUGAACAUACACGUCCGCGGAGUGCCGAACAUCAGACAGAUCCGUUCGGGCGUGAAACCGAUAGUGCGGUUAAAACAAAAAGACAUCCCCUAUUUUCGCACUUCCGUAAUACAACCAAAAAGUCAGCCACGCGACAAGCACAACAUGAAAUCCCUGUCCCUGAGGAGAUUUACAACACAACUGCAAUGAAUCGAACAUUCCUUUGCGGCUCGUUGGUUCACACACCGCGAAAAUUUUUCUCCCCUGAAGUGCAAAAGAAAUCAUUCAUUCUUACCCAGUCGACACCAGUACCGCCCGAGAAAUGCGAUCGGUUUUCUAGGCCAGAGCAACUGGAUGAGAACUGUCGAUCGCCUGGUUUUUGUUCGUCCGACGAAAGUUGUCACUCAUGUGAAAGACAGGAAUGCUUCCGGACGAGUGCUGCUGCACGGAAACUGAUAGCCGAUAGAAUGGAUGCUGAACGAACUAGGCCGAUGUUCCCCACACAGAAAAUUGUGCCCGAACCUACCCCGAAAGGAACGAAAGGAACACGAAAUAAAGUCUCAAAAGGACGACUCAGUUUUCUCACAAGUCCCUUAUUCGGAAAACGUAAGGAGAAGCAAACGGUUACUCAGGAAGAAAAAGAUUCCAAGGCGAACAAAACCAUUCCCGAAGUCCCUGAAUCCUCAAACGGGAAAACCAAAGGCAGAGCUUGUUUCUCCGUAUCCUCGACGUCGGUUCAAACAGGAACCUCGGUGCUCACGUCCAUCUCGUCGACGAAACCACAAAUGAUGAGUCCCCAAUUGGAACUUCGCUCGUGUCAUCAUAACCAGUCAUCGUGGAUAGAUAACACUUCAGGUCUCAAAGGUUUACCACCCGAGGAUGACACAUCCAGCUCCUUACCCCGAAGUGGAUGUUUGAGAAGAGAGAAAAAUGCAACCAAAUACGGCCGUAAAACACGGACAACCGUGAUGGAUAACUCGAUUCCGGUGACGUUUACAACCGGAACUACGGAUCCGCGAGCGGUUGUCCCUUACGCGACACCGAGCCGUUCGAAUUUCUCUUCCAUACAAUCGAGUAGCGGUCACGGAAGUGAAUGUAGUACGAAUUUGAUGUAUCAUAUGGGUGAACAUAUGAAUGAUCCCGAAUCUCCGCAUUUGCGCUGCCAAUGCAAAAGACAUCACGCGCAGCAUCAUCACCAUCAUCAUCAUCAUCACCACCAUCACCAUCAUCAUAAGCAUCGUGGACAAUCCUCCCACCCACCCCAACCCUACUACAGUCCUCGAGGUAAUGGUACUCACUGUCAUUCCGGUGCACAUACAGAUGCUCGACUCGGAGAAACAAAUCUAACAGAGGUUAGACAUGUAACCGGUCGUUCUGUAGGUCAACGUAGCUCGGACAGUGGUAGCCUCUGUGUUCCGAAUAGAUUGAGAACCGGUCAAAAAGAUGAACUGGUUUCUCCAAGAUUGUUUUCCCACGCUCCUCCCACACAGGAUCCACACUCAACCCUAGCGGAUGGAAGUGGAUCAGUGAGUGGUGGUGCCAGUCUAGUUACAGACGAUACACAUCGAGAUGGUCGUCGUCUGCUGAACAAGGGUGUCAAUGUGUCCGUAAUGGAAGGCAAUCCCCGGCGAGGUGGGGGUCACACAAGCAGUGGAUACGAAAGCAUUUUGCGUGAUAGUGAGGCCUCAUCGCACGCGGACUCAACCAGCGGCAGUUCAGUCGGUUUGAUCGGAGACGGAGCACACUCGGGUCCAGCCAAAUCAGAAAUCACUACGACGGGUACAGUUGGGAGUGAUCGAGUCGAUGGAAGCUCAGUCGGUCACAAUCUGGGGGGUGAAACUGUGACAGGAGCUUCUGUGUCAGCCGACUUCGAGUCCGGAAAUGCAUCCACUUUAUCAAAGCCUGAUUUACAGACAUCGGAAGAAACAUCUCAGAGCAUUUUAAACAAGGAACAACCUCAGGAAAAUUCUGCCCCGAUUCCUACAUCCCCGAAAACUGUGACUGGGAAUUUGUCCGAAUCAACUCAACCCUCUAACAAUUUACAAUCCACUUCCUCAUCUUCAUCCACCUCACGACGCAGUCGGUCAGCACCACCAUGCUCGGAAGACACUUCGGAAGAGACCACAAGCAGUCCGAUCAGCGUACGCUACGUCCCGUGCAAACCUGGUACAACUGGCUUAACCUCGAUGAGCACAAGUGUAGAUCCAAAUAAGAGCUCUAAAGUGGAUGAGGACGAUUCCGUAGACAGUCGACAAUCAAAAAGCUUUAAUGAGGAUGAAAUUCAAGAGGUAAUGCGCCAAAUCCGGUAUGAGAAAAUCUACGACCUAUUGGCUCAGCAAGAUACACUUAAAAUGGAACUGAUGACAACCAAAGAUCGUCUUCUGAUCGAUCCAUCCACAUGGAGUUUUGAUUUAAUGUAA